CUCAACUGAUGACAGUGAUGGUCGCUGGCCGUCAUCAGCUCGUGCAACAUCUUACGACUUUUCGCCAACAGUAGCUUUUUCGUUCUUUUCCUCGUUUUCCCAGCGUUUUCUUUCAAUUUUUCAACUCAGGGCCAACGUAACAACACUGCUGGGAGGUGCGUCCGGAACAAAUGCGGUACCCCCUCGUGGGGCUCCAAGACCUGCCAACUCUCCGCAAGAAUUAGCCAAAAAGGCAUAAAUUGCUAAACCACCGUUUGAUUGUGAACGAUACCGUUCCUCCAAGAGAAUGGCAAGUGGCGGAGAAGGACCUUCAUCCUCAUCGGAUCGAACCGGAGAACGUAAUACUUUCGAAGAUUUUAUUUCACAAUUCAACGCACGAGCCUCAAUUCAGGGAACAUCCAAUGGAGGUGCUUCUCACAGCUACGGAACGGUAUUAGAAGAAACUUCAAAUGCAUCUUCUGUUUUGAAACCGACGGCUGCGGAGUUCUUUCCUAGGUGGCAGCGACAGGAUGAGGGUAAUUUCGUUGAUUCCAACGAAGGAACUGAUUAUCGCCAGGGAGGAAGAGCUUCCGGGGCGGUUCGAAAACAGUACGAUUCACAGAAAUGGAAUAAUAAUAGAAGAAAUAAUCGCAACGGCGAUCGGGCUGGGUUUAGUAGAGGUCGAGACCGGAACGCUGCUGGAGAGGAGAGAAAUUUUGAUGGCGAAGAGAGGAGGUUUUACGAUGUUCCUAAUAAUUUUUCGAGGGACACCCGUAGAUCACAGCAACAGUACCAUCCUCAACAGAAUGGAAAAUGGAAGGGGCACGGUGGGGGUGGCCGAUUCCGUAACAAUGUACGUGGGGAAAGGGACGAUAGAGAUCGAUUCACGCCGCAAACUAAUGGCCACAAGGAACCGGAAGCGAAAUACGAACGAAAGCAGAACGGAUAUCAAAAAAAUCGUGCUCGAUUGGAAAAGAUAGAAGCGAAGAUAAUUUCCAAGUGUUCACAACGCGAAAAGCUCAUCCGAGAGUUGGACUCUUCCAAGCUGGAAUGUCUUGUUUGCUGCGAUUUGGUAUGGCCGAACCAAUCCAUCUGGUCAUGUCCAAACUGUUACCACAUUCUGCACCUUAACUGUACCACGAAAUGGGCCAGCAGUUCACAAUCUGACGAAGGUUGGCGUUGUCCAGCUUGCCAAAAUAUUUCCAAGAAGAUCCCUCGAGAAUAUUAUUGUUUCUGUGGCAAGCAAAAAAAUCCUCAGUACAAUAGAAACGAUGUUGCGCAUUCUUGCGGUGAGCUUUGUGGCCGGGAAGAGCUUUGCGAGCAUUCCUGUACUUUGCUGUGUCAUCCAGGUCCUUGUCCUCCAUGUCAGGCGUUAGUUCAGCGAAAGUGCGGCUGUGGUAGGGCUUCUAAACCGAUGCAAUGUAGCCAGAAGGAUGAGUUUUUCUGCCAGGCAAUCUGCGAAAAGGCAUUGAAUUGCGCCGUUCAUACCUGUCAGCAAAAGUGUCACAGUGCGGAAUGUCAAAAUUGCGAGGAAACUCUGGAGCACGAGUGUUUUUGUGGGAAAGAAAAGAAAAUUGUGGCGUGCACGGUUGACCAUUUGGAUAAAACACGUUUUUGUUGCGGAUCUGCUUGCAAUGCACAGCUCAGCUGCGGGAGUCAUAAUUGUGUCAAGAUUUGUCAUUUGGAGCCAUGUGGAGAAUGUGCCCUGUCACCUAAUUUGAUAACCUCUUGUCCCUGUGGAAAACAAGCAGCCAUUAAAGGAGAACGCGAAUCCUGUAUGGAUCCUAUUCCGGUGUGCAAAGCUGUCUGUGGAAAACAGUUGGUUUGCGGUAGUCCAGGCUCACAUCACGUGUGCUCCGCUCGCUGCCACGUGGGUGAAUGUCCACCAUGCAACAAAUCGACCGUUAUAAAAUGUCGCUGCGGUCACAUGGAUCAGCAGAUCAAAUGCAAACAACUGAAAACCCGCGCAGAUGAUGCUAGGUGCAAAAAGCGUUGCACGAAAAUGCGAAGCUGUGCCAAGCACCGGUGCAAUCAAGAGUGUUGCAUCGAUUACGAUCACAUCUGCCCGAAAACAUGCUCGCAGAUGCUGUCCUGCGGUCGACAUCGUUGUGAUAAACCUUGUCACAAAGGCUCAUGCCAGACUUGUCAUCGUGUUUCAUUCGACGAGCUAACAUGCGAAUGUGGAUCAAGCGUCAUCUUCCCACCAGUGCCUUGCGGGACGAAGAAACCGCUCUGUGAUAAGCCCUGCUUACGACGGCAUCCAUGUUCUCAUCCCGUACUGCACAACUGCCACUCCGAUCUAGAAUGUCCACCAUGUGUCGUUUUGACCACCCAGCACUGCUACGGCAAGCACGAACAGCGGAAAACGAUUCCCUGCUAUCAGAACUCGUUCAGCUGCGGGCUUUCAUGCCUCAAACAACUUCCAUGUGGUCGACAUAAAUGUAUCAAACCAUGUCACGAAAAUGAGUGUUUUAUCGAGGGAGAAGUUUGCAAACAACACUGCACCAAUGUUCGGACCGCUUGUCCGCAUCAGUGCAAGGCGCCGUGCCACGAAGGUGAAUGUCCUCAGGAUUUGCCCUGUAAGGAAGCGGUCGAGGUGACAUGCGAGUGUGGAAAUCGCAAACAGAAUCGAACCUGUCACGAUUUCAGCAAGGAGUACCGUCGGAUCGCAUCGGCUCAGCUGGCUUCCUCUAUGCAGGAGAUGCAACGAGGCGGAUCGGUUGAACUUAGCGAUAUUUUAGGACCGGUAAAAAUGAAGAACAAUAAAACUUUGGAAUGCAACGAAGAAUGUCGCAUCCUGGAACGCAACCGGCGACUAGCAAUCGGCCUACAGAUUCGCAACCCGGAUCUGUCAUCCAAGCUACAGCCUAACUAUUCGGAUUUUCUAAAAACAUACGCCAAGAAGGAUCCCACUUUAAUUAAGAUGAUUCAUGAGAAGCUCACCGAACUGGUCAAACUGGCUAAGGAAAGCAAAAAGUCGCGUAGUCACUCCUUUCCGGUGAUGAACCGAGACAAGCGACAUGUGGUGCAUGAGAUGUGCAGGAUGUUUGGUGUCGAAUCGGUUGCGUACGAUGCGGAACCAAAUCGGAACGUGGUCGCCACUGCCGAUCGUUUUUCGUCAUGGCUGCCCAGCAUGAGCCUACUGGAUAUCAUUCAACGUGAAAGUGGUCAACGGCGAGUUAUUCUGCCCAAUUUAAAUGCCUGGGGGAGAACGGCCAACAGUGCCAAAUGACCGCUUGUUGUUUCUUCUUUAAUUCUUUAUUUGCAUUGCUACCUAGUUAUUUAUCGAUUAUCAUUUUAUCGGGACACUUCCCAUCGUAAUAAUUUAUCUCUUAUUUUAAUGUCCCCAUUUUCAGCAGGUUAAAAUGUCAAUUGUACGUAUGCAGUAUACCUUCAUUGCGAAAUGUUUCCAAAUUCAAAAAAUACCUACAUUUUCUACAUUAUACAUGUCAUUCCGGGUAAA